GCUGUAUUUUUCUCGUUUCCAGUCAAUCUUUCCUUGAUACAUAUUCCUUCAUCACAAUGUCGUGGCUCUUCGGUUCUUCGCCUGCGAAAGAUGCUCCCACCCCUGCCGAGCCCCAGACCCAGCCGGCGCAAACCGAGAAGCCCAAGCCCUGCUGUGUCUGCAAGGACGAGAAGACCGCCCGCGAUGACUGCAUGCUUUUCUCCAAGUCCGAUGACCCCGCGAAGGAGUGUCAGUCGAUGAUCGAGAAGUACAAGAUCUGCAUGGCUGGCUUCGGCUUCAAGGUCUAGACGGGCCUCUCCUUUCAACUUGUAUUAUACAACUGUACCAU